AUGAGACCAAUCGGUGCGUUUUGUCAUAAAUCACUUGGACCAUCUCGUCUCGAUUGGGCUCUUCUGGAAGGCCUCUACGACCAGUCCCCUUCUGCCUCAUCCUGGAGUUCAACAAUGACUGGUUUGGUCACUCCGGCCAACCGGUCUGGUCCGCAACUUUACUGGCACUUUGACCGUACCGUCAAACUGUCGGCCUCCUUCCUUGGAUGUACCAGGCCUGACCCAAUUCAAAGGGGUGGGCACUAG